AUGUCUGACUACCUAGAUGUUCACAAACAACAGCAUUUCUUCUCGGUCGAGAAGAAUCCCGAGGAAUUACCCUUCCUGAAUGCCAUGCUCACCAUCUUCAACCGUCUGGGUCACCUCGAUGUUGUCAAUCACGCGUAUAACUAUCCUCACCUCCACCUUGCUGCCUUCUACGGAUGGUAUGAUGUCACUGAAGCUCUGCUCAACUGGGGCAGUAACCCUGAUGCUCAAAACUCGAAGGGCUUCACCGCAUUGCAUGUUGCAUGCGCCUCUGUGGAGGUAAAAUCGACAAAGAUAGUUCAGGCUCUGAUGGAAAAGGGUGCUGAUCCGAACCUCAAGGCCGAUGCUACAGAAUUUGCUCCUAUACAUCAUCUCAUCUGGGCAAGUUGCAAUGCGGCCGAGCCCUGGGACUGUUAUGGCAAGAUAGAAACGCUUUUGAACGGAGGAGCCGACAUCAAUUCACGAGAUAUACGUGGACGGACGCCUAUUCAUCUCGCCUCUUGUAUCCCCUGGUGUAAUAGCAUAUUUGAUCAUCUUUACAAAAGAGGUGCAAGACUUGACCUUCGCGACAAUUUGAGGAGAUCUAUCUUGCAUUACGCAGCUCUGUACGGAGACCUGGAUCACAUCACCUAUCUACGCAAACACGGCCUUACAGAACCGGACCCGGAUGGCAAAGACCUCAACAACCGAACUCCACUGGAUCUGAUGGUAUGGAGGACGCAUGCCAAACAGGAAGACCUCUGGGCAAACAUGAAACGACCCACUGAUGAAGAAGUCAAAGCUUUCACUUCUUUGAUCGAAGAAAUCAGGACCCAUCGCUGGCAGGACGGCCGCAGUUGCUGGCGCGGAGGAGAACAUGCAAACCAUUUGAACCCGCGACAUCGCCUCGUUAAUCUCCCCAUCAGGCCGAAGCCUAACCUGACCACGCCGCCGUCUAUGGAACAGGAGAUGCAUAUCAAAGAGCAGCGGGCAGAUUAUGCUUGA